AUGAGAGUUCAUACUGGAGAGAAACCCUACCAAUGUGAUGUUUGUAAAAAGGGUUUUUCUCGGUCAGAUAAUCUUACUGAGCACAUGAGAAUUCAUACUAGAGAGAAACCCUACCAAUGUGAUGUUUGUAAAAAAUGUUUUAAAACAAGAAGUUCAUUUUCUUUUCACAUGAGAAUACAUACUGGAGAAAAACCUUAUAAAUGUGAUGUUUGUAAAAAGUUUUUUGCACGGUCAGAAAAUCUUACUGAGCACAUGAGAAUACAUACUGGAGAGAGACCUUACAAAUGUGAUGUUUGUAAACAGGGUUUUACGACACCAGGUUCGCUUACUGUUCACAUGAGAACUCAUACCGGAGAGAGACCUUAUAAAUGUGAUGUUUGUAAAAAGGGUUUUACGUCAACAAGUUCACUUACUGUUCACAUGAGAAUUCAUACUGGAGAGAAACCAUAUGAAUGUGAUAAAAUUCACAAAUGUGAUGUCUGUGAAAAAUGUUUCACUCAGUCAAAUAGUCUUAAUGUUCACAUGAGAGUUCAUACUGGAGAGAAACCUUAUCAAUGUGAUGUUUGUAAAAAGAGUUUUACACAAGUUGGUCAACUCAAUGUUCACAUGAGAAUACAUACUGGAGAGAAACCUUAUCAAUGUGAUGUUUGUAAAAAGAGUUUUACACAAGUUGGUCAACUCAAUGUUCACAUGAGAAUACAUACUGGAGAGAAACCUUACCAAUGUGAUGUUUGUGAAAAAUAUUUUAAUGAGGCAAGUUCGCUCAAUGUUCACAUGAGAAUACACACUGGAAAGAAACCUUAUAAAUGUGGUGUUUGUGAAAAAUAUUUUUCAAAGGCAAAUUCGCUCAAUGUUCACAGGAGAAUUCAUACUGGAGAGAAACCUUAUCAAUGUGAUGUUUGUAAAAAGAGUUUUACACAAGCUGGUCAACUCAAUGUUCACAUGAGAAUACAUAUUGGUGAGAAACCUUACAAAUGUGAUGUUUGUGAAAAAUAUUUUACAGUGGGAAGUUCGCUCAAUGUUCACAUGAGAAUACACACUGGAGAGAAGCCUUAUAAAUGUGGUGUUUGUGAAAAAUAUUUUUCAAAGGCAAAUUCGCUCAAUGUUCACAUGAGAAUUCAUACUGGAGAGAAACCUUAUAAAUGUGAUGUUUGUAAAAAGUGUUUUACCGAGGCAAGUAAGCGAGAUAUUCAUAUGAGAAUACAUACUGGAGAGAAACCUUAUGAAUGUAAUGUUUGUAAAAAGUGUUUUGUUGAGGCAAGAAGGCGAAAUAUUCAUAUGAGAAUACAUACUGGAGAGAAACCUUAUGAAUGUGAUGUUUGUAAAAAGUGUUUUGCUGAGGCAAGAAGGCGAGAUAUUCAUAUGAGAAUACAUACUGGAGAGAAACCUUAUAAAUGUGAUGUUUGUAAAAAGUGUUUUGCUGUGGCAAGAAGACGAGAUAUUCAUAUGAGAAUACAUACUGGAAAGAAACCUUAUAAAUGUGAUGUUUGUAAAAUGUGUUUUUCUCAAGAAAGUGGUAUUAAUAGCCACAUGAAAACACAUACUGGAGAGGAACAUUAA